CAUAUGUUUCAUAACUCAUCCUUCAUUAAGCAGUUUGAAGCAAUAAAAGCUUUAGUGAAAAUCAUCUCAUCUCCUAAUAAAAUGGCACUUACUAAAGCUUCACUCAUGUCUUUCCUGCUCAUGACCUUGGUAGCGUUUUCAUCUGCUCGUGACUACCCAACUUAUUCUCCUGAAUACAAGGUAUAUACCCCAACACCGGUGUAUGAAUCUCCAGAAUACUCAUCACCACCGGUGUACGAGUCUCCAACAUACACUCCACCAUCGCCAGUUUACGAGCCCCCAACAUAUACUCCACCAUCGCCAGUUUACGAGUCCCCAACAUACACUCCACCGUCACCUGUUUACACCCCAUCACCCGUAUACAAAUCCCCUGAAUACACCCCAUCACCCGUAUACAAAUCUCCCGAAUACACCCCAUCACCAGUUUACACUCCACCGUCUUACGAGUCUCCCUCAUACACUCCAACCUAUACUCCAUCUUACGAAUCUCCCGCAUACACUCCAACCUACACUCCACCAUCUUACGAGUCUCCCGCAUACACUCCAUCGCCACUUUACUGAUUAACUAAUAUUUCAUCCCAAGCCAUUGAUAUGUAUAUUGCUUACUGAUUAACUAAUAUUUCAUCCCAAGCCAUUGGGUUUGAUAACUUUUUCUUGUCUCGUGUUGUAUUUUAAUUUUUACAAAAAUAAAUGAUGUUAUUCAUCGAGCUGCAUGCUAUCUCAUGUUAUACAUGUAAACAAAUUAUAGCUUUUUAAAAGAAUGUACAAGUUCUUAUGUUCAAUGGGGAUAGUUUACAUAUGUUUUGAUUGUC